AAUGUGGCUGCUCUCUACAAGAAAGGCAUGGUUGAAAUGCCGUAAUAUUUGUACGAAACAUCUUCAAACGUGCUUAAAUUCGUGAAUAUUAAAUGUGAGUCGGGAGUUGGUGUUAAGUGUACUAUGUAUUAUUUAGACGUUUCUCUGUUAGUACAUUUAAUUAGUUUUUAGAUUUUUAUUCAUGCACAUAACUUAACCUAAAUUUCGAGAACGAUCUAUGUGAAUAAAACUCAAAGUAAACAGUUAAAUAUACGAUUAGUUAAAUAUAUAUACUUUAAAGUACAUUGUUUCAAGAUAAUAUUAUCUUUUUCUUUCAUAAUUUUAUGUUUUUAUGAUUACGUAAAAUUCGUAGUUUCCUACGUAAUAAGUCUUCAUUUGCAAUUUUUACACUAUUUAUCAUAUAUUUUUAUAUAACAGUUAAUAUUACCACAUAAUCCUGGUCUUGAAGUGUCAAGAGUUUAUUUAAAGAAAAACAUUCUUGAGUCGAUAAAACAAUUAUUUGGUGAAGAAGGAACUAAGUAUACUAUUGAUAUCCUGAAAUAUAAUCCAAAAGAACUUAGAUGUGUUUUAAGGUGCACUGACGAUUGUUAUGUACGUUUAAGAGCAGCAUUAACGUUAAGUGAAAAAUACGAAGGACAACCUUGCACUUAUAUUAUUCAUCGUGCUUCACCAAAUUUAUUAUCAUUUUGUGCUGAUAGUAGGAAUUAUAAACAUUAAAAUAUAAAGAUUCCGGACGUAAAAAUAACUUAAGUUUGAAGAAAAAAACCAACUUAAUUCACUUACAUCAUUUUUUAAAAGGAAAAUAUUGAUUUUUUUGUUUUAUAUUAAUUUUUUUUAUUAAUUAUUCAACAAUGCCAUUCGUUCAUAAGGAAGGUAAAGAUACUAUAAUCUUUGCUUCGAAGGAAGAUCAUGCAACACCUAGUAAAAUAGAUCUUCCAGAACCAGAACCAAGUCCUGGUCUCUUGUUAGCAAGUGGAGAAAUCAAUUGGAAUUGUCCAUGUUUAGGAGGUAUGGCUACUGGACCAUGUGGUUUGGAAUUUCGAGAGGCCUUCUCUUGUUUUCAUUAUUCAACUGCAGAACCAAAAGGUUCAGAUUGUUAUGAUGCAUUUAAAACUAUGCAAUCAUGUAUGGUGCAAUAUCCAGCAUUAUAUGGAAAGAAAGGAGCGUCUUUAGAUGAUUUAGAUGAUGAAGAAGAUCCAAUGGAUGAACAUAAAAAAAAAUUAGAAAAUGAAAACAAAGUCACGCAUUUAGAAUCAAAAGUAAAAGAAGUUCCUCACAGUUCUAGUAUCGAAACAGGAAUAGAACAAACUAAUAAAUGAAUUAAAUGAAUGAUUGUUUGUUUGUCAGUAAAUAAAUAAUUAAUGCAUUUGCAUUACAAAGUUAGAGUAAAUUUUUACUAGAAUUUAAUAAAAUAGAAUUUAGUUCUUCUAAAGUUUUUACAAGAAACAGGUUGUGCAAGAAAGCAUUUUUGAAAUAAAAUAUCUUUAAAUAUUGUUUUCCCGUUAUUUUGUUGUCAAUUUUUAGAAUCGAUACGCAUGGUAUUUAGAUUAUAUUAUUAAUGAAUUAAAUUAAAAUUAAAAUUUAAAUCUCAUAAUCUUACAAUGAUUAUUUUUAUUCAAAGAACAGAGUGAUGCUCAAACGUAUUAAAAUUAAUAUUUUUUUUUUAUUUCUCAUUUUUUUCCUUUGUAUUUCAGUUGAUUGAUGGUGAUAUACUGUAUAGUUGUAAUUAAUAAAUUAUUCCAUAAAUUAAUAAA